AUGAAGCCUAACAAGAGGAUAGUCUACCUGGGGACGUCAUCCAACUGGUCUUUCACUCGACGAGUCCUCAAUAUCACACACCAAUACGUCCACAAGACCCCGUUGCCGACCAAUGCUCUUCUCUUCGAUGGCACGACGUACGUCCUCGAUUGGGAUGGCUACAGAGCCAGCGAAGCCCCCGAGAUGCCAGCUCUUCCAACACAGGACUAUGCCAUCUACCUGGUCAAUGCCGUCAAGUUUCAUUGCGGCCAAAUGUUCCACCUCUUUGACGAAGAAACGUUUAUGAAGUCCCUGUACAGCUUUUAUUCUGACCCUAAUCCUAGACCCGAUCCUACCGAUCCGUGGUUCAUUCAUUUCUUGCUCAUUCUUUCUUUCGGAAAAGCCUUCACCACCAAGACCAACAGGGGGAACAGACCCCCUGGCCAUGACUUCUUCGUCAAGGCCAUGCAACUGCUCCCAGACUUCAGUGUUUUACUGAAGAAUCAUGUUCUGUCAACAGAGAUCAUGUGUUGCAUUGCUCUGUAUACGCAAUGCAUCGACUUCAGGCACUGUUCAUACAACUAUAUUGGUCAAGCACUUCGCAUAGCCCUCGGAGAGGAGGUCUAUGGUCUCGACGGAAGACUCAACAACAAGUUCAUGCUUGGCACCAAAGAAGUGCUUGCCAGCGUGGCUGAGAUUGCUGAUGAGCUCCAACAAUCGUUUGCGCUGCCUCUGGAAAGGGACACCAGCUGCAUUUCGAGAACAUCCGCCCAUUUACAUUUACUACACCAUCAGUGCUUCGAGUGCCUCGACCCGUCUCUAGAGAAAGUCUACUCCGUUCUGGACGAGAUGAUCAUGGCCGGGAACGGGAUCGCCAAAUACCGCAAAUUUGAACUCCAGCAGCUGGAGAACAUGCUACAGCGGCUUACGCCUUGGCCUUCACAGGCAUCUGAGCAGACGACUCUUGUAGACGAGGGGCGGCAAACGCAGCCUCCGGGUGACACGAGUCCCCAAGACACGGUGGUCUCGGCCAUAGCGUCGGACCACUCACAGCACGAAAGCUACUCUUCUUCUAUCCCGGGGAACAUGGAUGAGAUGGCUUAUGAUAGCGGGCUGACUAUGGCGCAAUUACUGGAUAUGGCCAACUCUAUUGAACAGGAAGACUCGGAGUGGAUGUCUCAAACGAUAGUGGAACAUAGCAUUUGGUAG